AUGACCGCCCAGAUCGCAACUGCCAACUACUACGUGCCAGCACCCGAAGCGCACGAAGAGGUAGACUUCAUGACCAUGUUCACGAACCAGAACGACGACAACGCUCCCCACCACGACAUGUCGUCCCAGCACCAGCAGCACCAGUACGCGAUGGCUGCGCCUUCCCUCCCGGCCACCACUGUCCAGCAGCCUCUGCAGGCUUACCACGGAGCCGCCAUGUCCGCUGCCACCACCACGGCCACCACCAUGCUUCACAACAAUGGCCAGUGGAUGCAGCACCACAUGACGUCUCCUUAUCCGGCAAUGGACAUGUACAACCCUGCGCUCGGACAGCAAUUCGUCCCUGCGCAGGUUUCGGCCCCCGUGGCGCAGUACGUUGAACCCGCCGUGGCUCUCCCCAGCAACCGUCCGGCCUCUGCGCCGAUGGCCACAUCGGCCUUCUCGGCAUUCACCCAGGCUGCUGUUUCCACCCCCCCUGCUGCUCCAGCCAGCAGCGACAGUGGCGUCAAGAGCAGUCCGGCCGCUACCGCCACCUCCCCCGUGACUGGCAGCACCGCCUCUCCCACUUCGGGCCGUACCUCGCCUGUGGCGGGCGCGACCGCCGAGGGGAUUGUGGCCGCUGCCGCUGCUGCUGCCACCGCCGCUGUGGACGGCAACAACGAGACUCGCCAGGUGCGCCGCAAGCGCAAGCUUACCCCGGAGGACAAGCGCCGCAUCUGCGAGAUCUACCGCAACAGCCAGGGCAAGAUUCGUCAAGAGGACAUUGCCAAGGAGUACUCUGUUGACCGGAGUACCAUUUCCAAGAUUCUCAACCAGGAGGAGCGCUGGCUCGACCCCGAGCAGCCCAACGCUAGCUCUCUUCUCGCUCGUCGCCCAGGUGGCCGCUACCCCGCGAUCGAAGAGGAGAUGCACCGUUGGCUUGACGACGCCGUCAUGCACGGCCGCGAGGUGCGCGACGCCGAGGCCCGUGAGGAGGCACUCAAGAUUGGCCUGCGCCUUGGCCACCCCCACUUCCAGGCCUCGUCCAAGUGGUGGGACGGCGUCAAGCGCCGCCGCAUCGAAGAGGGCCGUGCCAUGCCUACCACGCGCCGCCCUCAGCCCAUCGUCAUGCCCGGUCUCGUCCGUUCAUACUCUGCCAUGGCCGUCGACGCCAUCCCCCGCCAGGCGUUCCCCGGCGUCGCGGGACCCAGCCAGCACCACUACAGCAUGAUGGACCACUCCCACAUGCUCCCAGCCGGUAUGGUUCCCAUGCCCAUGACCUAUGCCGUCCGCGCUCGUUCGCAGUCGUCGCCCCAGGUCAUGGCCGGCUACGCCGCGCAGCCGUCGUCGUUUGGUCCUGCUCCCCGCCAGCGCCACUCGCCCGAGCGCCACUCUCCCGUCACCCCGCUGUCACGCAACCGCUCGUACACGGGCUCGGCGGGCUCGCCCAACAGCGCCGGUCGCCCCUCGCCACUCCACCGUGGUGGGUCAAGUCAAGGCCGUCCCUCGCCACACAUGCGCUUGGGUGCCUCGGCGUUUGGUCUCACCCCCGUUCGCCACGAGGCCCCCGCCGCUCUGACAAUGACCGCGACCGACCUCGCCCCCGCCGCUGAGAUUGCCACUCCCACGCACCACGCGGGACCUCCUCCCCCAAGCCUCUCGCCCCUGUCCGUGUCCACGUCCGACGACAUCAACACGGCCGCCACUGCAACCCUCAGCCCGUCGACCCCUCUCACUCCCGCCCAGGCGUCGUUUGCAACGAUCCCCAUGCCCACCGACUGCGUCGACCUCGGCAUGCAGCAGUACACAGCGUGCGACCCAAACCACGCCUCGAUGGUGUACAUGACCCAGCCCAUGGUGUGCUACCCGGGCCAGCAGGUCAUGCAGCCCGUCUACCCGGGCUACGAGUACGUCCAGCCGCAAUGGUAG